GGAAGCAAAGAAGCAAAAUGAGAUUUCAGCCCUUUUUGCUAUUUUUCAUUUUCGCGAUGAGUCUUCUUUUUAUCAGCGAACAGAGACCAGUUAGUCUUCCCAGGAGAAGAAAACUGUACAGACACAACUGCUUUCGCAGGAGAUGCGUUUCGCUUCACUCCCGGGUGCCCUUCCCCUGAGAAGAAGAGUGAAAGCAGACGAUCUCAGUAUGGCACCGGGUGGCAGCGCAGGAGUUACUAUGUAACAGAAGUUGUUUCAAAGUAUCCGGAUGGCGUUUUAGCUCCAGAGACUGUUCCUCCUGGAUUUUCUUUGUCAAGAAAGUAACAUAAUUGGGAAACUGACUAGGCUGCAGCACACUUACUUGUCCAUGUAACAAUCUGUCAUCUUCUUCUGCACAUUAUUUUACUGUCAUAUGUUCAUUGUACAUAGAGAUGGCUUUCGUAAAGGUAUUUACAUACAAGU